AUGAGGAAAAACAAUGGGAGUGUGAAGAAAUGUGGCGUCCAUGAUCUACUAUUGGAUUUUGCAAGAUCUGCAGCAAAGAAAGACUUCUUCCUCACAGUUUGCUCUAAUGAAAAUGAUCAACCAACUUAUUUGGCGUCGUCUCGCCGUGUGGCUUUCCACAACGUCAAUGACACCAAGAUCAAUGAAAUCUCUAGAGUCUCUACAAUGCAUGGACUCAGGACUUUGAUGGCAUUUGGUCUACCUAAUCUUCAAAAAGAUUCCCCAAUAUUUAGAUUUGAGCUUCUAAGGGUGCUUGAUUUGACUGAGUUAACUUUUGUACAAAGAUUACCAAAAGAGAUCGAGCUCAUGAUCCAUUUACGUUAUUUAAGGCUGGGGCAUGUUUCAUGCCUACCAUCGUCGAUAGGAAACUUUAUAUCCUUAGAAACUGUUAUUUUAAGGCAAGGAACAGCGAUACCAAUCACACUAUGGAAGAUAAAGACACUAAGACAUGUACAAGUCGGAUGGGCCAAACCACCACAAAGUCUUGAGCUAAAAAAUCUCCUCACACUCGAGUAUGUAGAAUCCGGAUCCUAUAAAACAAUAAACUGGAGGUUUCCCAACCUUAGGAAGUUGAAAGUGGUGAUUAAUAAGGAACAGCAGGGAACAAUGCUAACCCAUCUACUCUGUGGACUAGACCAUCUUACCAGCUUGCGUAUAGAGGCCGAAAGAUAUUGCCCCAUAGAGAUCGACACCAAGGACUUUCCAUUUCACAACCAUCUCCUCUCAUUGACGUUAUUUGGAUUUUGGCGAAAGGGGGGCUCUGUAUCUGAAUUCCCAACUUGUCUCACCAAGCUUGAGCUGAUGUAUUCUAGAUUAGAGCAAGACCCAAUGCCCAAAUUGGAGAGGUUACAAUACCUUGUUACUCUCAAAUUCUUGGGAAAUGUGUAUCUUGGGAAAACCAUGGUAUGCUCUACUGGUGGAUUCCCUUGUUUGAAAAGUCUGUUCAUUGACAGCUUGUGGGAUGACGACGCAAUGCCCAAUCUUGAGGAGUGGAGGAUAGAGAGAGGUGCAAUGCCCAAGCUUGCUUUCCUAAAAUUAGUUUCAUGA